AAGCAGAGCCCGUGUCUGAGCUGAGAAUAAACAGCUGUAGAUGGUGUUGUGGAGGUUGGCUGAGGAGAAGAAUGUGGAAAAUUUUCAGAAACGUGUAUACAGUGAAUCAGGGACUAUCCUAAUAUUAAGGACAGCAUGUGUGAAGCUUGAAAGCAGAAGCUAUGAGGAGUAGUAGCUAAAGGUUGUGCAUAUGGAUGUGAGAGGCAACACUGUGAAACUCAAUGAUGGUACCCAGAUAUCCUAUGAUAAAUGUCUAAUUGCAACUGGUGGUUCCCCAAGGAACCUGCCCGCCAUCGAAAGGGCAGGAAAAGAUGUACAACAACGGCUGACGCUGUUCCGAAAGAUUGAGGACUUCAGAAGUCUGGAGAAGAUUUCAAGACAAGUCAAGUCCAUCACAAUUAUUGGUGGUGGUUUUCUUGGCAGUGAGCUGGCCUGUGCUCUGGGAAGAAGAGCACAAACCAGAAACCUGGAGGUGAUUCAGCUGUUUCCAGAGAACGGCAAUAUGGGCAAAGUCUUGCCUGAAUAUCUGAGCAACUGGACCACAGAGAAAGUCAGAAGAGAGGGCGUUAAUGUUAUGCCUAAUGCUGUGGUCAAGUCUGUCUCUGUCUCUGGAAAUCGACUGGUGAUUAAACUGAAGGAUGGCCGAAAGGUGGAGACUGAUCACAUUGUGGCUGCAGUUGGGCUGGAGCCUAAUGUGGAAUUAGCAAAGUCUGCUGGUCUGGAGGUGGAUUCUGACUUUGGAGGGUUCAGGGUGAAUGCAGAGCUGCAGGCACGCUCCAAUAUCUGGGUGGCUGGGGAUGCUGCUUGCUUCUAUGAUAUCAAACUAGGUAGAAGACGUGUAGAGCACCACGACCACGCCGUUGUGAGUGGCAGACUAGCUGGAGAGAACAUGACGGGAGCUGCAAAGCCCUACUGGCAUCAGUCUAUGUUCUGGAGCGAUCUGGGUCCUGAUGUGGGCUAUGAAGCAAUCGGCCUCGUUGAUAGUACCUUGCCAACAGUAGGGGUCUUUGCUAAAGCAACAGCAAAAGACACACCAAAAUCUGCAACAGAGCAGUCAGGGACAGGUAUUCGAUCAGAAAGUGAAACAGAAGCAGAAGCCGCAGAAGUUCCCAUUUCUCCAAGCUCUUCACCAACGCCUCAAGUUCCAAAAGAAGGAGAAGAUUAUGGCAAAGGUGUCAUUUUCUACCUCAGGGAUAAAGUGGUGGUAGGAAUUGUAUUAUGGAACAUCUUCAACAGGAUGCCUAUUGCUCGAAAGAUCAUCAAAGAUGGGGAGGAGCACGCUGAUCUCAAUGAAGUAGCAAAGCUUUUCAACAUCCAUGAAGACUAAACUCCAGAAUCACUGCAAUAGGAGUGAGUAGGGCUACGUUUGUCCCUUCAGUCUGGAGAACUUGCUUUGAGCACUUGUGAAUAUUUCCCAUCACCUAGAGUUCUAAUAUUUCACCAAUAAAAUCAGGUUCUUCUAA